AUGAAACGUGUACAGGUCGUGAGUUACUUUGUACGAUUGGUAGCCAUUAUCAUUUUGCACAACACAAUGACAGCCGUCUUCUGUGAUCAAAAGAAAGUGCCGGUGCACUACCCUAAUCGGGUCAUUUUCAAAAACGAUACGAAAUCCUUCACCGUGCGUGUGACACGGUUCAUCUGUACGGAAACACCGUACGAAGUGUCAGAACUGUUGCAGUGCAAAACUGUUCUGCGGCGCAACAAGCCAACGUUCUUCAACUUUACCGUGCACGUACCGAUGGUGUUGAACACAGUGAAUUUUCAGGUUAAAACAUAUUACCGAUUGAACAACUAUCAGGGAUUUCCAAUCAAUUUGAACACGGAAGUGUGUGGCUAUUUGCGCAACCCGUCGGACGACAUCUUUUCGCGCCAUCUUAUGUCGAUCAUGUUUGAAACGAUCCCGCAUCUUAUGUACUACUGUCCACAUGGGAACACAACCUAUACAGUAAGCUAUUGGCUGGAGGAUAAAUUCUUUCCCAAAUCCAUGCCGGCCGGAGACUACCGGCAGGAUGUGUGGUUCCGUACUGAGCAGAACAAAACGCUCUUUUCGUAUCAAGUGUACUUCUCCGUCCGGAGGAUGGGUAUAUGGCGAUCUUUAAUCGAAUGGUAG